AUGACUCUCAAAGAUUCAAUUCAAGUUCAAACCUCAUCAGUAACACAACGUAUUCACACCAAAUUCUCUCCCGUCUUUCCGUCUGAUUAUAUUGAAUUGGUUGUAUUGGGAACUGAAUCUUCUGGUAAAUCAAGCAUCAUUCGUCAAUAUAUUUCUUCACAAUUCACAGAAGAAUAUGUUCCAACUGUCACAGAGCAUUACUACAAAACCAUUCAAGUUGAUGAUGACAGUGUCACAUUGAGUAUUAAUGAAUGUGGAGGAAAGAGCGAAUACAAACAAUUACAAAAACAAUAUAUUGCUGAUGGAAACGCUUUUUUGAUUGUGUGCAGUGUUUUAGAUGAUCCAACACAAUGUGAAGAAUUGAUGGAUGACAUUGUAAAACAAAUCAACAGCAGAGUUUCAUCUCAACCAAGUGGAAGCGAAGGUCUCUCCAAUAGUGGACAAAUCAUUGGUGGUCUCGAUCAGACUCCUGUUGUGAUUGUCUUGAACAAGUGUGAUAUUUUAGAGUCACAAGAAAAGUAUUUGGAUAUUCUCGAUCCGGAAGAUAUUGAGAAGGCAAGAUCUAUUCCAAAAUUGGUUGAAAGAAAAGCUCAACAAUACAAAAUUCCAUUUGUGUGUUGCAAUGCUCGAGAGACUCUUCAAGUGAAUGACAUUUUCAAUGUUCAUCUCUUGAAAGAAUUGUUGAGAAAGCAAAAACCUGUCACUGCCAAAGCAUCAAAUUCUGCAAAUGCUGACAUUGAGAAUCAAUUGAAACAAUUAGCAAGAGAAAACAAGGUUUCAGAGUUAUUGAACUUGUUAAGCAAAUCACAACCUUCCGAAGAAUGUUUCAAGAAAUUGUUUUUCAUUUCCAUUCUUCAUGAAGAUGCAAAUUUGUUGAAAGAAUUGAUCGCAUACAAUAAGAAAUAUCAAUGUGUGAAGGAACAACUUGGUCGAGUUGAAAUGUUAGUCGAUGAAGAGUCACAUUUUAAGGCAAAUCUUUUAUUGUUUGCUCUCAUGGAAGGAAAUAGACAAGCCUACAAGAUUUUGAAACAAGAAGGACUCCGAUUGAAAGCAUCCAAACUUCCAAAGCAACAAAAUUUACUCUUAAUUGUUUUACAAUCGUUAGAAAAUGGAAAUGAACAACAACAGCAGCAGAAUGAAGAUUCAGAAGAGUCCAUUCCAUUUGCAGUCGAUCAUGAUAACUAUUCACAUGAAAAGGACGUUUUCCUUACAGAUCUAGCUCUCGAAAUUUUGGCAGAACAAGAGAAUGAAUUAGCAGCCUAUGUCAACAUUCCAUGUGUCAUUGAAAAUGAAGUAAGAUAUCCAAUCCAUUAUGCCAUUGAAGUGAGAAGUUAUUUAAUUGCAGAUUGGUUGUUGAGACACAAUGCCAAUGUGGAUGUCAGAGAUUUUGCUGGAAAGACUGCUUUACAUCGUGCUGUUGAAAGUGGACAAUUGAAACUUGCCAAAUUAUUGCUUGAACACAAGGCAGAUGCCAAAGCUGUCACAAAGGUUGAAAAUAAUUCUUCUGUAGCGGUGGUUUCAAAGAGUAUGGAACGAAUCAUUUGUGAAGAAUGUCCAAUCGAAUGGAGAGAACAAAUGAUUGCUCUACUUGCAAAGUAUGGACUUUCUGCUCAAUUGUCCUCUCCACAAUGGAAAACUAUUGAACUAGGUAACAAUAGUGUGAGUCAUGGAAAGUGUGAAACUCUUGAAAGAUGUCUCUCCUUCUUUGAUUACUUUAUCAAAUUACGGUUACAAGUAUCAGUGAGUGAAAAUUCUUCACAUUUACAAUCCGUGUCGUAUCAUUUUGUUACUGGUCAGUGUAGCAAUGAGGUGUUGAUUCUUGAAAAGAGUGAACAAGUUUCCAACAAUACCAAGACCUCCUCUCAACAAGUAUCACUUUUAUUCCAAUCCAAAUCUACUCAAGUGAGAUGUAUUGUAAACUCAUUGGGAGAAGUGAAUGUUGUAAAACCACUUCCAGAUGAAAUUGUUGUGUUCGUUGGGGAAUCAGGUGAAUCGAGCUCUCUAGUUUGCAAAUCAACACUCAUUACUAAUUAUAUGGAAAAUAUUCCAUCAAGUGGAGAUGAUUUAUAUUCAAAAGAAUUGAAAGUACAUGAUCAAAUCAUUUCUCUCAAUUUAUUAGAUGUCAAUGGAGAUGAAGAGGAAUAUCUUGAUGAAAGAAUUCACAACUCAAAUGCAUUUGUACUCGUCUGUUGCAACAACCAAAAGAACACGAUUGAUAUUUUGAAUGAAUUGGUUGAAGAAAUUCAAUUUGUGAAGAGAACUGAUGUUUCACAAAUUCCUAUUGUACUUGUCCAAAUUAGUGAAGCUGUUUCCAACUCUGAAGACAAUAGUGCUCUUACAAACAUUGCAAAGAAAUUGAAUGUUCCACAUUGUUGGGUUAGUGCUUCGAAUCGUGACAAUUUGAAACAAUUGUUUGAACAUACCUUGUUGAAUGAGAUCAUGAAGAAACAAUCACCAUUGAAACAAUAUUUUAAUUCCAAUCAAUAA